GCCGAGCGCAGAGAUGGCGGACCAAUCGGGCGGCCGCGACCAGCCGUCGCCAGCCGGCAGUGAUCGCGACCGUGAGUUCGAGCCCACCGUCGACAUGAUGGUUAACGACUUCGACGACGAGGGCACGCUCGACGAGGCAGAGGCGAGCGAGACGGCCGAGCAGCAGCGCACGGAGGCCGACCUGCUGCAGCAGGAGCAGGACAUGCCCAUUGAGAAGUUGCUGGCCAUGUACGGCCGCUACCCGGGCGGCAGCGGCGACGGCCCAGCACCGCCGCCGGCCGUCGCCGACCAGCCGGCGCCCGACGACGCCGAGGCCUCCCAGUCCAGCUCCACCUCAGAGGAGGCGGCCAGCAAUCAGGAGCUGGGGCUAGACAAGGAGGAGGCCAGCGGUCCAGAGCCGGGAGACCGCGAGGUACCCGAGAGCAGCGGGCCGCCGCCGGCCAAGAAGGCGCGCCGCUCGGCACUGGCCGCCCUCUACCCAGACCUGGAGCCGGCCGGCGGCGGAGGCAAGCGCGCACUCCGCUCGGAGGUGCCGGCCGAAGACGGUAUACCGACCACCGCCGCCGACGACGCCGAGGAGUCGGACAGCUCGGAGAGCUCGGGGGACGACAGCAACUGGCGCAAGACCAUCAUGAUCGGCAGCGUAUACCAGGCACAGAUCCCGGACGGGCUGAGUCAUUACGGCGACACGCCGCCCUACGAGAACGAGGACAAGCUGCUGUGGGACCCAGCGGCGCUGAGUGCGGCCGACGUGGAGCGCUACCUGGGCCAGGUGCAGGAGGCGCGCCUACAGACCGCCUCGGGGCUGGCGGCCGUGCCCAGCGGCUGCCACGUGCGCGACCAUGAACAGGCACUGUUCCUGCUGCAGCAGUGCGGUCACAGUGUGGAGGAAGCCAUGCGACGCACACAGAUGAGCAAUCACCAGCCGAUUGACGCGCUUUCGCUGUGGUCCGAAGAGGAGUGCGCAAACUUCGAGAACGGCCUACGCUUCUAUGGCAAGGACUUCUACACGAUACAACAGCAAAAGGUGCGGACCCGAUCAGUGGGCGAAUUAGUGCAGUUCUACUACCUGUGGAAAAAAACGGAACGACACGACGUGUUUGCGAACAAAACCAAAAUGGAGAAGAGAAAAUAUGCCCUUAAUCCUGGCGUCACGGACUACAUGGACCGCUUCCUGGAGGAGCAGGACCGCGACCCGAACACAGCUGGCGGCCGCGGCGACGGCGACUCGGCGCCCAGCCUGCAGAUCCUGAUGGCCACGGACGGCGCGCAGCUGAAGCGGUGGCCGCCGUCGCUAGCUCCGGCCACCUACCCGGGCCCCGUACAGGUGUCGCUAGCCGGCGCCGCCGUGCUGGUGGGCAGCGGUGCGCACGCCUCUUCCAAACACCUGCAGCAGUGACGACUGCGGCCGUCAGCUGGCCCCGGCGUCAGCUACCUGGGCGCCCGGCGGCGGCCCGCUGUCUGGACCAGUACAAAUCGUCGGCCGCCGCGCACUGGACGCGGAGAGCCGCUGGUAGCGCCAGCGUUGUGCGCGUAAGCGCCAAGUUCAGUGUACAAGUUGUGACGAUAGGUGGCCGAAGCGAGAAUGUGAACAGCAUCGCAUUAUCGCCUUUCUGGCCAGUAAUAAGUUGCUAGUGUCGGAAUGGCUGUUAUGACUGUUCGUGUCCUGUAUGAGUUGCGUGUAAUCCCCGGCUCCCCACAGUGGGGCGCAGUGGCGGAGAUUGUCACGCUGCGCUGGCGCCUUGUCCGCCCAGCGGCGGUUGACGCUGUAGUGUCCUGUGAAGGAGUUCGGGUUUGGUUCAACGCGAGAACCCGUCUCUGGUUUGACUUCUGGUGACGUUUUCCUACUCUGUUAUUGCCUUAGGCGGCUAUGCGAGCGUUGAAUUAAACUGGUGGACAUGAGUAUUCCGCACGAGUUAGGAGAGGGUACGUAGCCGGGUAUGUGACUUUGUCCGCGGCCCGCAUUGGCAGUGGGCUCUCUGCGUCUGCUGAGACAGCAAGACGCCUUAUUUUGAAACAUGCCUCGUCGUUUUCUUAUUCGUGUAGCCCUGCGAACGUGUUUUGUAUUUCAUCAGAUGCAGUCAUCAGUAGAUUGUCACAUGGCGACGAACAUGUACGUGAAGACACGGGAUCUAAGGGCGAUAUAAGGGCGAUGGUUGUUCAGAAAUGGGACGGAAUGAACGAAGAA